GGCAACCAACGGACUGCAAAUCCUCCACACUCCUGAUCUCUCUGUGUGAAAGAAGUGCUGAAGCUGAGAAGCAAUGAGGACCACGGUGCUGAUCGUGCUGACCUGUGUGCUGUCUGUGUGUGCAGCUGUCACACCUGUGCAGGACUUCAGCCUGGAGAAGAUUGCAGGCAAGUGGUACUUGGUUGGCUUUGCUACCAACGCUGAGUGGUUUGUGACUCAAAAGGAUUCCAUGAAGGUUGGAACUGUCAUGUUCGUCCCAACUGAGCAAGGAGAUCUGCACUUGUCUUACGCCACCCUGAACGCUGAUGGGACUUGUUGGAGAAUGGCUCACCUGGCCAAUAAGACAGAAACUCCUGGACGCUUCGUCUUCCACAGCAAGACGUGGAACAAUGACAAUGACAUGAGCAUCGUUGAUGUUGUGUACGACAACUACGCUCUGUCCCACACCAUCAAGACACAGGAGGGAGUGUCUGACGUCCUCGUCAAGCUGUACAGCCGAACCCCUGAGACCACCGCUGACCUGCAGCAGAAGUUCAUUCAGUAUUCCCAGACCGCCGGCAUCCAGCCUGAAAACAUCAUCGUCCUCCCAAAGAAUGCGGAGUGCCCUGAGAUCGAAGCAACCCCCGCUCCCUAAACCACCCUGUCAUUCAUCUGUUCAUCAGCGUGGAGAAACCUCUCCACUCCUUGUUGUGACAUCUGCUGCAGCACAGGACCAGGACAAUGAAUGUCAAGCAUUUAACUCUAACCCACACCAAAGACUAGAUGAUCCUAGUUCAGCUGAGUGUAUUACCAGUGGCAUCAGAGCAGCACAAUAAAAAGCAUUUUGUUUGAUUUUUAUGUAACAAUUUUUGUCUUUUAAUGAGUGAACUCUAUACCAAGUAAAUGAUUAAAACAACA